AUGGCAAAUGACUAUUAUGUAAAUAUUUCGGUGACGCCUUCGUGCUCCUCAUCGCGCUGGUUGACGGAGGAAGUGUUUAAAUUGAUCGAUAUGGUGCAGCAUGAUGAAGCCAUCUAUAAUCCGCGUCAUAAAUAUUACUUUUGCCGGCCAUAUGUAGAGAAUUUUUGGCGUGAGGUCGAUCAAAAGUUAGAAAAGAAUCCUGGCGCUAGUCUUGCAAAAUGGACAAAUUUGCGUAUAUCUUUUCGACGGGAAUACACUAAUUAUUUGGAAGAAAAAGUGCCGCCUUGCUGGACUUAUUUUGAUCGAAUGUUUUUCCUGCAUCCCUAUUUGAGGAAAAAACAUACACAACCUAAAUCGCUGGAUUCACAAGUACAAGAUGCGUUGGUACGCAUUAGUUCCCUAUCUGAUCGUUUACAGCGUGAGCGCACAGCUGCGGUGGCUACACUUGGUGGCAGCAGCACUACCGGAGAAAUACACGGUUCACAUUUGCAUUCUCAACAGCCACAUCAUCAGCCACUUGAUAAUUAUUUGGAAUAUUUUGAUGAUCCGGAACACAAUUCCGAUGACUUAGAUGAUGUUAUUGAUGAUGAACAACGGUCGCGUUUUCGACACACCGAGCAGCACAUACACACACUCAAUAAUGACAUAAAAUCCGAAUGUGAUGAUGUUAAAUCGGACGUUGAUGAUUAUGAGCCAGAGUCAUUGGUGCGACCAGAUGAAGAAGAUAAUGAAUUGGAAGAGAUGGAAAUGCGCAACUUCAUGAUGGAUUCUUAUGCUAGUAGCAGCCCACAAAUACCAUUAGAGGAAAGGCGUGCACAGUUGCGUGUGCAGCAACUGAUGCGUUUACAAGCACGUUCCUAUCAAGAAGAAUUACGCAUUAAACGGCCACGCUCGCAGGAAAGCAUAAGUAGCACCCAAUUGAAUCAUGGUAAUAGUGGGGGAGGUGCUGGUGGCGGAAGUGUUGGCAAUAGCAGUAGCAUCAGUACAAUUGGUAGCGGUGGACAGCCCAACACCAAUGCUGGCACCUCUAUUGGCGGACACACACGCAUGCCUUCCACUGCCACUAGCUCGGCUACAUCGCAUACAAACGUUUCAUUCGUGCGACCAACACUUGCGAAACCAAUGGAAUUAGUGAGCACCACAACAAGUAAUAGUGGCAGUGUGGGUCUCAGCGUAGGAACUGGCGUUAGCGUUGGCAGCACACAAAUAAAUAUUGAUGCCGACUUGAAUGCAAGUAGCACAACAAAUGUAAGCAGUCAAGUAGCAUCCGCUUCGACCGUUUUAAAUCAACAUCAACGCCACACCGGCAAUGCCCAUCAGAAUCAUAAUUACAAUAGUGUUAGUGCUGGCGGUAGCAAUAGUACGCAUCAUCGUUUAGAAAUUGUGGGCGUACCAGCUGGCUCUGGAGCUAGCGGUUUGACAGCAAGUGGUCAAGGCUCGGCAGGAACAUCGGCGACAGCGCUCAUAACUGCACCACCGGCAGCCGCUGCGCCUGCUGCAGUAGCUUCGACGCAUGUGGAGUUGUGCGACUGCAAAACAGAUCCGGAUCUUUUCAAAACAUACUACAGGACUAUUUGUAUCCAGAUUAGUUGUAAACUUAAAGGAGAAAUCAGAAAUCCUGCUUCAAAGUGCCGUGUGGCGGCAGGUUUCAAACUACACCUGCUAGUGCUUUCAUUAACGCUAGCGAGCUUUUCCUUUGCCACCGAGCUUUCUACUACUUUAAACAUCUUCGCGCCAGCGACCAUCAAUGCCACGGAAAUCAUCGACACUCUCCGAGAAAAUAAUACAUUGAGAAGCCUAAAAAGUGAGAAUUCUAAUGAAAAUAUCGAUGGAGAUUAUGACGACGAGAAUGAGGACUAUGAUGACGAUGAUAAUGAGAACAAUACGCCAGGUGAAAGAACAAAACAUUCGCGUCAAAAACAUAUAGCCAUAAUAAAGCGCGUGGGCACAACUUAUGUCUGGGGUCGCUGGGAAAAAUGGACAAAGUGCAGCAAUUCCUGUGUGCAAAUUCGGCAGAGGAAAUGUAUUGAGCGGAAGCUCACUUCCCUCGAUGCUGCUCCAAUUGAUCGUGAAUUCUAUCCAGAGACAAAUAGUCGCUUUGGCUGUUUUGGGAUUAUAAAACGUUAUCGCCACUGCAAGGAUGAGAAGUGCAAAGCCAACAAAAAGCGACAGCGUGAUGAGCAAUGUGCAACCUUCAAUAGGAUACCGUACAAGGAAAAAUUCUACAAUUGGCUUGGCUUCGAGAAGGAACAUAAUGAGUGUGAACUCUUUUGUCGUCCCAGCGGUUCGGGCAUCUUUGUGAGCAUGAAUCAAUCGGUGACUGAUGGCACAACGUGUGGCCGACCGGCGGUAUAUUAUACGCACUACUAUCGGCGGCGUGCAGUGUGUGUAGAGGGUAUUUGUCGGGCUGUUCAUGAAAGUGGCGCCAUACGCCCAGCCACCACCAAUGAUGCGCAAACAAAAUGCGGUUCAGUAUUAUGUGAAAUGGUCUCCGAGGUGUUUAGUAAAGCCAAGUUGAGUUAUGGUUAUAAUUACGUGCAUACAAUACCAGCGGGAGCGAUGAAUUUGACAAUCAAACAGUUAUCGCGAAGUGACAAUCUAUUGGCACUCAAAACCACCGACGACAUUUUUCUCAUCAACGGCAAUAGUCGCGCUUCUGAGGGCGGUAUAUUUGAGUAUAACGACGACACCUACGAUUACAAUCGCGAAUUAAGCACAAUCACCUCCAAAGGACCAAUUACGAAGCCUGUCGUCCUACUGCUCUUUGUGCGCGGUCACAACACUGGCGUCAAAUACGACUAUACAAUUCCGGUGCCUUCGGCCUCCAUAACGGAGGAGGAAGAGCUGCAGUCGCAGUGGAACGAGGUUGGUCAACCACUCGACGAGGUGGACGAUAACAACAUCGAUGGCACCGUGUCGGCACAAAUCGCGCGCGCUCGUGAUCGUAAACGCCGCAAGUUCUCUUGGAAGUUGCUCGGCUUUGGCGAGUGCAAUCGCUCGUGCGGACCCGGUAUACAACCACCCAUCUUCCGCUGCAUACGCGACUCACCGACUCGCUUCUAUUCGCCCAAACGCUGCGCCUUUGUCGAGAAGCCGAUCUUUAGUGAGGACAUUUAUCACUGCAAUCGCGGACUGUGCCCAGCCUACUGGCGUGCUGGCGACUAUGGUGAAUGCAAGUGUGCUGAUGGUGAGGCGGAGGGUGUGCGCACGCGUUAUGUGCAAUGUGUGCAGGAACAGAAUAAUGGCAAGAUUGGCGAAGUCUCUGAGGAAUUGUGUGAGCAACAGAAGUUGCCGGAGUUGAAUGAGACUUGCAAUUGUCCGAAGUUUAAUCGGCGCAAGAUUUACGCACGUGGACCAGAUAAGACGUCACGUAUCUUCUCGCGUUUAAUAGGCGCGCCUACACUGGUGCGUAGCGUUUACAACUCAACCACACCGUUGCGUCGACAUCUGCGUGACGACCGUGUCGAUAAGGCGGGUGUGUGGCUGAUGUCCGAAUGGAAUCAGGAGUGUUCAACUGAUUGUGGCGCAGGUUUUGAACACCGUUCGAUUUAUUGCGAUCGCACGCCACCCUACACAGAUCUGUGCGAUUUGCGCUACACGCCGGAACAGAAGCGUAUUUGUAGCGGCCGCCAGCAGACAGCAGCUUGUCAGCAUGGCACAUGGUUUGCCUCGGAAUGGAGUAAUUGUACGGGAGAAUGUUUCAAUUUGCAGCGUAGGCGUGUGGUGCUAUGUCUGCGGGAUGGUGUGGCGGUGGAUGAAUCGGAAUGCGAUUUGUUGUUGCGACCGCGCGCCGUGACGAAUUGCACGCACAAGGAGGUGACAUUCUGUGGACCAAAGUGGCACUACUCGGAGUGGUCGGAGUGCUCCCGUUCUUGCGGUGAAGGCGUUCAACGUCGGUAUGCCAAGUGCCUGGAGUUUGAUUGGAAGCAAAAGGCGAUGGUCGAAUCGAGCAAUUGCAAAUAUUUGGAACGUGAACCGGUCUAUGGAACGUGCAAUGUGCAGAAAUGUGAAGAACUCAACACACUAUUCGAUGUGGAACGCGAUACUUUGAAGCCUGUUGAACCACCAGCCAAUUGCAAAGAUGAUGUGAGUAAUUGCCAGCGAAUAAAUCGACAACGAUUGUGUAAGUUGCACUACUACAAAACUUAUUGCUGUGCAACAUGUAGUGGCUAUGCUUAGAGGCCUUGCGAGAGUUGUGCCGUGGAAAAUAAUAAAUUGAAAUGUGUAUGCAGAGGCGGGAGGAGACAGAGCCACACGGUAGCAGCAAACGCAUUCUAAAUACGGUAGCAUUACGCAUUUAAUUAAUUGUAUUCAUUAAUUAAUUACUUCUACAGCAAUAACAAUAUGCUAACAUUAGCAUUGAAAUAAAUGUUUGUAGCCAGUUUAGUUGGUAAGAUGCAUGCAGGCAUAAUGGAAAUAGAAGUAUGAAUGAAUUUGGUUUUUUGAGUUUAUUUCAUUUUAUUUAGAACAUAAAAAGUUUUGAUCGUAUGAUAAAUAAACGGAAAAGAAAACGUUCGUAAUUUUAAUGCCUUCGGCGACUAAUAAUACUAAUAGAUAAUUUUUAAUAAGUAGAACAUUCUUUUUCCUUUAAUAUUUUCCUCAGCAAUGUCUAAUGCCUUUAUGAUUUUUUUUUAUCACAUUCGAUCGAUAUUUUAUGACUGUUUUCGAUUAAUAUUGGAUUUUAAUAUUUUUUGAUUUGCUUUAAAUUUUUCGAUCGAAUCGCUCUUGAACUUUUUAAGUUCAAUUUAAUCGAAAAAGUUAAUAUGAUUUUUUAUCGAUUGUAAAAACAUAAAUUUCAAAAUAUAGUUUAAAUAUGACUGAAAACCAGAGUGAAAAUCAAGGAAUAACGAUUAUGUAUAAUCGAAAUAAAACCAUAAAAAUCGAUACAAAAAUAUCGAAAAAUUAUCGAAAGAACAGAAACCCAACUACAACGAUAAAAUAAAUGUUCUUUGACCACGUGUUGAUAUUUUUUAAUAUUCACAAUGUUUUUCAACGGUUUUUUUUUUGUUUUCUUUUUUAAUAUUGUCUAAGCUUUAACA